UACCAAACGUUGUAGCACAAUCAUCGUUAGAAUGCUUUAAAUUUAUAAUUAACCCGAAUAAACCAUCGGUUUACGAUCCCAUAUAAAUCAAAAGCCACUGAUGAGCUAGUUUUACACCAAACCUCCAUUUACUGCGAAGGAAAUAUUUCUUGUUAAGUAAUCGGACAUUGUGGCCAAGGGACGGGUGAACCCCCUGGUAAGACACCGUGUCGCAAGAAGCAAGGACUCUUUGUGAUUCGUGAUGCGUAUCCGGCUAACGGGCGAUUCUCUAGCAAUUGUGUGCCACAGAGUACACUUGAUUUUCAAACGCGCUGACGAGAGCUGACUGUUGUGACGGUUAGACUUGAGUUAGAAGUCGGCCUGAGAAGAGGACAAAGAGUGACAUUAGUGCAAAAACUCAUUACAAACCGCCACCACCAUGCUGCAGUAUCAUUUACGUUCGUUUAGAAAACUGUUGAUAGUGCUGUUGCUGUUCUCCACGCUAAUGAUUCUCGUAAACACAAAUUUUUUUUCAACGCCGUUAUCAACAAAUAGCAACCAGACCCGCCUCUAUUCAGAAAACAUCAUCAACGAUAACAAGAACGAAAUUAAAAAGACUAAGUUGCUGAAGCUUAAGUUUAGCUUGGCCAAACGUUUUGUUCGUCGCCCUUGGGCCGAUCAUCCUGAUUGUUCCAAUUUCACCAUCAGACGAACUGUGGAGCGAAGCUUACCACCGGUAGCUCUCGCUAGUUUUCCUGGUAGUGGAAAUACCUGGGUUAGAGGCCUUAUCGAAGCCGCUUCAGGCAUCUACACCGGAAGCAUUUACAAAGAUGCCAAUCUUUAUCUUCAUGGAUUCUGGGGGGAAUUGGCCGAUUGGGAUGCUGGCGUAACCUGUGUCCAAAAGACUCACGAUUCUGGUGCAAAUCACAUCAAAUCAUUUUCCGGAGGUCGAAGCAUUUUUCUCAACCGCAAUCCUUACGAAGCCAUUUUAUCUUUCCAUAACUUCCUUUACGGCGGCCACAUUGGACAUGCACCAUCUUCUAAUUUCCAACGACCGGAAUGGCCGGAUUUCUUGGUAGAUCAAACGAGGCGCUGGCUCGCCACGGCGGUUAACUGGACCCAGUAUUCAACUGAUCUGUUAACUAUCCACUACGAGGAUCUCAAAGAGAAUCCACGACCGCAUUUGCGACGCAUCUUGCAUUUCCUGCAGCUUCCAGUUGACGAAAGGCGAUUGGACUGCAUUCAGAAGCAUCCGCUGAAGAAAUUCCACCGCAAAAGUAGAAUCGAAGGACAAUGGGAUACAAAUAGAGUCUUUCCUGACCAGAUACGGCCCUUAUUGGAUCGAGCCAUUCGGUACGUCGAUUACUUAACGCAAAAAACGGGCAAUGGGGCCAUUCCACUCAACCGCUAUAGCAAUUACAACAAGUCUAGUUGGAAAGGACCGCUGCCGACUAGAGUCGCAGACAGUCAGACGUGGAUGGAAUGGAUCUCGGAUCAAUGGGGUUUCAGUGUCGAGUCCUUUAUGAAAGACCCUUUGACUAACAUGCUUAAAGAAGAAGCCAUAACAAACAUUUUCUAUAGUUGGAAGAUUCCUUUUGCAUCCAAGUAUGCUGAAUCAAAUGAUCUGGAACGCGAUUUCAACUCAGACCCACCUCUCUUUAUCCAGCGGAUUCGCCAAGAAAAUUUAUCAACUAAGGUCCCUUAAGAAUUGAUGGGGAUAAAGCGAUUCAAGAAAUAUCCAUAUAAUAAUAAUUCCAUUUCACUUAUUUUCUUUCAAUUUUUAUCUUUCUACUCAUUGCGGAUUUAGUGACGCCGACGAAUUUGUUGUUGUAUAAAAAUAUUAUAUUUUCGUUUGCGUCGUGAUUAGUCAUCACUUCAU